GUACAGCCAACGUUCGCUUAACGUCCAUCUGACGCAUGUCGGUUGUAGAGCAAACUGUUUCACUGAAUGAAGGGGAGGGACUGGACUCCUCAGGAAGCUGGAAGGCAGAACUUUAUUUCAAUGAACCCUCUGGUGUCUCUUUUCCACAUGUACCUCGGUGUGUCCUGCUGACUGAAAACCGCCUGCAUGGACCAGUUUUCUGAGGAUUUUUUAUUUUCUUUCUUUAGAAAUCCCAUGAGGACCGUCGGUGGCAGCAGCAGGGAGAGGAUGCUCUGCAUGGGGGGGAAAGUUUCCCGGUAAGGUGCGACCAGCUGGUGUUUGGGACAAGUCUGUUCGCGAGGAAAUAAGUUUCGUGUGUCGGACUGGAAGUACUGGCCUCAAGAGAAGUUCUGCCCUCCCGCUGAAGCCCAUGUGGACACGACGAUGAAUAAUCCAACGACGACGAUUAUUCCGCCAAUGAGAAGCAUACCUCCGACCGUCCCGAUUCUUAUGUUCACAUUCGGGGUGGUCGGGAAUGUCAUCGCCAUCGCAGUUUUGUGUAGAACUCGCAAAGAGAAAAGGGAGACAACGUUUUACGCGCUCGUAUAUGGCCUGGCGGUUACGGAUCUCGUGGGCACACUGCUGGCCAGUCCGGUCACUAUAUCCACUUACGCGCAGGGGCAGUGGCCCGGAGGGGACCCGCUGUGCCAGUACAUGGGCUUCAUCAUGCUCUUCUUCUCCCUGGCGGGACUCAGCAUCAUCUUUGCCAUGUCUGUGGACAGAUACAUCGCCGUAAAAUAUCCCUACGUCUACAACAACCAUGUGAACCAGAAGCAUGCCGGACAGACCCUGGUGGCCAUCUAUAUCUCCAACGCGCUCUUCAGCGCGUUACCCGCCAUCGGCUUCGGGCAGGUGGCGCUUCAGCACCCGCAAACCUGGUGCUUCUUGGAUUGGCGAACCAACCAUACCACCCAUGCCGUUUACUCUUACCUAUACGCCGGCGUCAGCAUUUUUCUCAUCUUCUUCACUGUCGUCUUUAACGUGCUGUUGUGCGUGGUUCUGCUCCGGAUGCACAAGAAGUUCUUGCGCAGGAUGUCGCAGGGAACCGACUCCGGGCGCAUCAGUGACUUGCGGAAGAAAUCGAUCAGCUUCGUACAUCUGGCCGACACAGAGAUUCAAAUGAUCCUUGUCCUCGUAACCACAACGGUGGUGGUGCUCAUCUGCUCCAUCCCACUUGUAGUUCAGGUGUUCCUAAACCAGCUUUAUAAGCCUCCAGUUGAACUAAACAUUGCAAAGAGCCCAGACAUACAGGCAAUUCGCUUAGCCUCCUUCAACCCUAUCCUGGACCCCUGGAUCUACAUCCUUCUGCGUAAAACUGUUUUACGUAAAGUUAUUGGGAAAAUCAAGUAUACAUUUGCGAAAACAGGAAUAAGAAGAAGAUCAAUCACAGUUCCCCUGUCGGACGUUCACCGUAACGCCUCCACCAGCAGUCCCUCUCUGGCCUCUGAAGGCCCACAGUUGGUCAGGCGUGACUCUGAGGGUUUCUUCUACGAGUCGGAGGACAUCCAGCCAGCUACUGAAAGCCAGCUACAGAUAACCGAACCGAGUGACUCACAGAAUCAGAGCAAAGAAACAAGCACAUUCACAGAUUUAACAGUGGUCACCUGCACAGAAGAUCAUUGAUCACAGUGGGGGGCGAAAUGCAUUCAACUUAUUUUUGAAUAAGAAAUGCUGACUUCUCAUAUUUCUUUGCUGAGGCAGAAUGUCAGUUAUUUCUCCAUAGGAGAAGACGUACAUUUCUCUUAGAAAAAAGAAAAAGUGGAAACAUAAGAAUGGACGCUGAACUGAUAUUUUGUGACUCAUGCACAUGCAGCGAGAAAGCUCUGUUAUCGUGAACAAAGACGCUGGUGGCAAGUUCUCAUUGGAAAACAACACUACGUCUGCUUGGAGACGGCCUUUUUCCGGUGAAAGAAGCACUGCAAUUUGCAUUAAACAAGUUUCUAUUGGCACUGCUGUUGUUGAGCUCUGAUGCUGAAAAUAAACAAUGUCUGCACAUCGAACUAGA